AACAUCAUGGAAACCCAGUUUGGGCUUUUUGAGGCCAAAAUCAACUCUUCAAUGGCCUCACUUCAAACAGUUGAAACACCAACUUUAGUUUCUUCACUAAACCAUUUUUCCAAGUCAAGGCAAGAAUUGCAAGGACCCAUGAUGUAAGAAAAUGACAACAUGAAUCCCCUUAGCUUCUCCCACAAUAUAUAUCCCACUCAUUCAAACCUCUGUCUUGCCAUAAUCAUUUCAAGAUGGGAAUCAAAAACAAGGCAUUGAGAUGGAUCAUCCCAUCUUGUCUGAAAGCCAGAAUCAGCCACAAAAUGGAUUCAAGAAUCCAUGUGACAAUCCACAACUCAAAUUCAAGAAUCUCUCUGUCCGAUAUAAGUGAUCCUGGGUCGCCUCUCUGCCUCAGCGACCUCUCAAACUCCAAAUUCGCAUCGAAUCUGCACAUCUUCACCCUCUCGGAGCUCAAGAUCAUGACCAGCGACUUCUCCGCCGUCAACUUCCUGGGCGAGGGCGGCUUCGGCCCCGUGUAUAAGGGCUUCGUCGACCCCAAGUGCCGCCCGGGCCUCCACCCGCAGCCCGUCGCCGUGAAGCUCCUCGACCCCGACGGCGAUCAGGGCCACAGGGAAUGGCUGACAGAAGUAGUGCUGCUGGGUCAGCUGAAGCACCCCCACCUCGUGAAGCUGAUCGGAUACUGCUGCGAAGACGAGCACAGGCUGCUCGUCUACGAGUACAUGGCGCGAGGCAACCUCGACAACCAUCUCUUUCGAAGAUACGCGUCGCUGGCAUGGGAAACGAGAAUGAAGAUCGCGCUCGGCGCUGCAAAAGGCCUAGCGUUCCUCCACGGCGAGGAGAAACCGGUCAUCUACCGCGAUUUCAAGACCUCCAACAUCCUCCUCGACUCUGAGUACAACGGGAAGCUCUCCGACUUCGGGCUGGCCAAGGACGGGCCGGAGGGAGACGAGACUCACGUGUCCACGCGUAUAAUGGGCACCCACGGCUACGCAGCGCCGGAGUACAUCAUGACAGGGCAUUUGACAACAAAGAACGACGUAUACAGCUUUGGAGUAGUCCUGCUCGAGCUGCUAACUGGGAGGCGAGCCAUGGAUAAAAAACGGCCUCCCAGAGAGCAAAACCUCGUGGAUUGGGCAAAGCCCUACUUGAAGGAUCACCAUAAGCUCGAUGUCAUAAUAGACCAACGCCUCGAGGGGCAGUACUCGACCGAAGGAGCUAGGAGGGUGGCUGCAUUGGCUCACCAAUGCCUUAGCCACUCCCCAAAAUCCAGGCCAACUAUGAACCAUGUGGUCAAGAUCUUGGAGCUUAUCACCCAACUAAGAGACGUGCCCUUUGUUUACAUCGCGCCUACAGAAGGUAAGGCGGAUGCAAAGAUCAAUGAGGAAGAUGAAGACGAAGAUGAAGGGAAGGCGAAGAAAGAGACGAGGCGAAAGCAAAGGAGGAAAGGCUAUAGGCACAAGCAUCCCAUAAGGGCUCGUGGUGUCUACACCGAUACUCAUUUGUAUAGAACUUACAAGAAUGAGAUGAUUAGUGUAGGGAUUGAAGGGAGAUAGAAGUUGGAAAUGAAAAAAAGAAAAUGUUGAUUUUGAUGUACAUUUGAUUGUUUAGUGUGUUGUGUAGAUUUUUUUUUUCUUCUUCAUGGCCUUUUUGGUUGUUGAAAGAUUCAAGAACUUUUUAUUUUUGAUCA